CAGAAGUGGCUAUAAACCAGACAGGCAGAGGGACCCAGGGGAGACCAGCAAAGCCUGUAGGUCAUCACAUUCCACCAGAAGUUUCUAGAUGAACCCACAUGAAAGGGAGCGCUUCAACAGUACUCCUAAACAACCGAGGGGACACACACUUGGGAUUCCAACAAGAGACUAUAGCUCAAGUAUGGCUCAGAGUGACUUCCUUUACCCAGAAAACCCAAGGCGGCGGCAGGAAGUGAACCGCCUUCACCAGCAGCUCCUAGACUGCUUGUCUGACAGCUUCCAGGUCACCAACAAGCUGACAGGGGUUCUAAAUACCCACUUGGGGUGUAGGCUGGCCUUCAUCGAAAUGGAGAGAGAUGGAACCAUCAAAGAAAACUGUGACAUCAUUAUCCAAGCAGUGGUAAAAAUCCAAAAGGAACUGCAAAAGGUUGACGAGGCACUGAAGGACAAACUCGAGCCCACCCUUUAUAAGAAACUUCAGGAUAUUAAGGAACGGGAGACAGAGAAGAUCGCAAUUGUCCAAAAGGUCAUAUCUGUCAUUCUGGGAGAGGCCACAUCUGCAGCCAGCGCAGUGGCUGUUAAACUCGUGGGCUCAAAUGUCACAACCGGCAUAAUUAACAAGCUGGUCACAGCACUAGCUCACAUUGGGACAUCUCUCCUUGGUAGCAUUGGUGUUGCCGUGCUCAGCCUCGGCAUAGAUGUGAUCAUCCGCGCCAUCUUGGGAGCCGUGGAGAGAACGCAGCUUCAGGCAGCCAUCAAAAGUUAUGAGAAGCAUCUGGUGGAGUUCAAGGCUGCCUCUGAAAAGUACCAUCAUGCCAUCACCGAGGUCACCAGUGCCGUGAAGCAACAGUUAAGAUGAACGGUCGUGUGUCUACCACUGGGACCACUCUGUGCUUCC